AUGUUGCGCUGGACGGCGGACGAUCAUGCUUAUCUGGAAGAGGCAAUCAACAGUGGUGACAAGACCACCAUAAAUCUGCUGCGCUUCGGUCUCAUCGUCGUCGUCUUGGACCGUUCCUCCUUGAGAGCGCCGGAAGACGAUGACCGCGUCGAAGCAAACGCCAACCUAAAGACCGCCUCCCGGGUCCUUGACCACGUCUACGCGGAGAGCGGCCGUCGCUACGGCGACGUCGUGGCCAGGCCUCCUUUGGUCCGAGAGACGAGGAAGUCCAAAGUCGACGAUGAGUUCCAACAGCUGGUCUUGCAGAUUAUCGUCUCGCCGCUUUCCAAGAUCUCGAGGAUUUUGAGGGGAGAUCGUUGA